AGGAUUAAGUGUAUAUACUCAUUGCUCAAGUAAAAUUGCAAACCUAUAUUAUAUCAAGUUCAAUUUUUAAAGUGAAAAAUACAUUCUACUUGAGAAGAUUUAACAACAUAUUGCAAGAAGCAUAAGCUAAUAUUCCAGUACUUGCCCACAAACACGACUGUAAAAUGGGCACAGACACAAAAAAGGACCAGGGAGAUAUGAAAAACAUUGAAAAUAAUGGUCAUGUCUCUUUAUAUGGCAAUAUCACCGAGAAUGGGACAGAUACUGCUAUUGCUAAAGCAAUGGAGCCGACACACGGUACAGAUAUCAAGGACCCUGAAUUGAGCUGUGGAUAUGGCAGCUGUGCCCCAAGUAUGCUCCAGAGGUGUAACAACACAAAAACGUUCCUUGUUGUUAUGUGCAUCUUCUCAAUGAUUCAAGGAUUUGUUGUGAAUGGGAUCAACAACGUGAAUGUCUCGACAUUAGAACGACGCUACCAGUUGCCAAGUGCUAGGGUGGGCUUGAUAUCUAGUUCAUACGACAUAUCAGCUGCAAUUCUUGUAAUUCCUAUCACAUACUGGGGAGCUCAUACACACAAACCGCGGCUUUUGGCAUUUGCUGCUUUGAUACUUGGAUUGGGUUCUUUGGUGAUGUGUAUACCCCAAAUGGCGUCCGGGUUGUAUGAACUUGGUGCCGAAACGUCAUUGUCAGACGUGUGUCUAGUUGAAGGAAAUAAUGUGACGGCUCCAUAUUGUUCCAAAGAAAACGAUGUUCUCCAAAACUAUCUGUAUGUUCUCAUGCUUGGCCAGUUCCUCCACGGUAUUGCGGGCACUACGCUGUAUAGUAUAGGUGUGGUCGUAAUUGAUGAAAAUGUUAAAACAAAACUGUCUCCGUUAUACAUAGGUAUCAUGUACACGUUCUCAGGAUUUGGUCCUGCCAUUGGUUACAUAGCAGGGGGCCAAUUUCUCAACAUAUAUGUGGACGUUGUAACCAAUGCGGGAAUUUCUAUAACUCCAGCAGAUCCGAGGUGGGUGGGAGCAUGGUGGAUUGGGUUCGCAAUCGGUUGUGUUUGUUCAAUAAUCACAGCCGCAUUUCUCUUCUGCUACGAUUACGAAAUGCCAGAAGCUAAAAAUGCACGGGCAGAAAGAUAUUCGCAAGCACACGCAGAUGGAAGUGAAGCGAUCGUUAGCAAGAAAGGGUUCGGAACAUCCAUUAAAGACCUACCUCUUUCAACAAAGUUUAUUGUAAUGAACCCAACGUUCAUGUGUAUAACACUGGCUGGAUGUAGCGAAGGCCUACUGACCAGCGGGUUUGCAACAUUUAUGCCUAAAUUCAUCCAGAACCAAUUUUCACAAAGUGCUGGGAUGGCGGCUUUGUAUGGAGGGCUGGCCGCUGUCGUUGGUGCUGCGGGUGGACAAUUUCUCGGAGGUUACUUGAGCAAACGGUUUAAAUUGAAGGUGAAGGGCAUGCUUAGGUUGUGUUUGGGCAGUACCAUCGUCUGUUUUGUCCUGGUAUUCAGCUUCAUUGCAAAGUGCAAACCCGCAAACAUUAGCGGAAUUAAUGUGUCAUAUUUUAAUUUUUCUACGAUUGAUGAAGCAAGUUUGAUAGUUCCAUGCAACCAGAAUUGCAACUGUACAUCAGAGAGCUAUGAACCAAUAUGUGGUGUUGAUGGAGUCGAAUACUUCACUCCCUGUCAUGCAGGAUGUGCGGAUUCCUUCUUUGAUGGAGAUAUAAAGAGAUAUGCGAACUGUUCGUGCAUUAGUCAGGUGGGCAAAGUAGCCGAAAAAGCUUACAAAGCAACAUAUGGGAAAUGUACCCAAGACUGCAACCUUUUAGCGUUGUUUCUACCUGUAUUCUGCAUAGUAGUCACUCUGACCUUCAUUGCAACACCUAUAGCAAUGUCUGUAUCUUUAAGAGUCAUUCCCGACGCUCAGAGAUCAUAUGCUAUUGGUAUAAAGUGGGUUUUCAUACGAUGUUUAGGGACUGUUCCAGGACCAAUACUGUUUGGUUAUCUCUUUGAUAUUACUUGUCUCCAGUGGCAGAAUAAAUGUGACACUAGAGGAUCAUGUUGGGUGUAUGACUCUGACAAACUAGCCAUUAAUCUCCUUAUACUCGGCCUUGCAGUUAAAUUUGUAUCAGCUAUACUAUUUUUUCUCGCACAAUUCCUAUACAAACCCCCUAAUGAUGAUAAUUCAUUAAGCAUGAGUAAAAUAGACUCAGACGAUAGUGGAGUAGACAUUAGCAAUGGUGAAAUAGAACCGACAAAAGCUGAUAUUAUCAAAUAUACGGAACAGAUUCAACCUGAAGCUGGUGAUGUCAAGCCAGUUGUCACGAUAGCAACACAUGAUAAUGGGUUUGUAUCUACAGAUGCAGUAAGAAUACGGGCCAUCUCAGAUCCAACUCGGCUCCAUUAAAUAUAGAUAUGAGGGUUUGUAACAAGCCUGAUGCCAGCCUUAUUACAUACCUUAACUACAUGCAACUAGUGUCAUAUUAUAAACAAGCUUCAGCUUUAUAGUGUCUAAAGUCUGGCAUAACUACCAAAUGACAUCAUGAUAAACCAUGACAUCUCAAUUCUUCUCAG